AGUAUGUCCACCACAGCCCCGGCAACUCCAAGCGCGGCUUCGGCAUAGACUGCGCCAUCCUCUCGUGCCAGGUCUACAUCUCGCAGAUCCUGGUGGCGUCUGCCCUCGGGGGCGUGGUCGACGCCGUGGGCACCGUGCGCGUCAUCCCCAUGGUGGCCUCCGUGGGCUCCUUCUUGGGCUUCCUGACGGCCACGUUCCUGGUGAUCUACCCCGAGGCGUCGGAGGAGGCCAGGGAGGAGCAGAAAGGCCUGUCCUGCCCGCCCGCCGGCGAGGGCCGGGACGGUGAGAAGCCCACCACGCUGAAGCUGUCGCGGAGCGAGGGCCUGCAGGGCCCGGUGCAGACGGAGUCCAUGGUCUGAACCACACGCCUGUUUACACAUUCCACGCUCGGGGCGGCGGGCGCGGCGGGGACUGCUGGGGCAGCAGGUGCAGCCGGCCGGGGCCCCUCGCAAAACGCAGCCGGAAUUCAGUAGUUGUAGGCUAGGUUCGAGCUACUAGGCAAAAAUACCACACUCAAUUACUUUUUCCACAAUUAAAAAAAAAUCAUUUAAAAUCCUUUUUUAAAUUGAGAAAGAUCUUUUAAUUUCAGCUUUCUUUUUCUGCAUGUUUUUUAAAUUGUAAAACAUUUGCAAGGUAGACCAUAAGCAAUUCAGAAAAAAAAACAAAAAUAGUAAGAUUUUGCAUUCCCGAAAAUGACAGUCGAACACGAGAAGCCAUCGAUGUCCUCGGCCCUGGGUCCCCCGAGGACUUGGGACCACGGCGGUGUCGGUGACGGGCGGUUCGGUGAGCGCCGUCUGCAGGCCCCGGCACGCGCCCCCGAGCACCGCACGCGCUGCUGGUGCUGCGCCCGUCGGGGCUGCCCCCCUAGGGUCCCUUCAGGAGGCAUUCGAGUGGACAGCGCUCGCUCCCCCGGCCGGCCCACACCAAAGCUGCGAGGCGGCCGUGGCCAGGGGGCGGGGGGGUUUGGGAGGCGGAGUCCGGAUGGGGCCACCCUCCCCCACCCUGCUGGGGACAGCGCCAGCCACGGGCCGGGAUCUGAACUCUGGCACCUGCGAGCGGGUCCGUGUCCAGGCCCCGGGACCCCGACCACCUCCACCUGAGACCGCCUCCCUCCCCACCGCGCCCCGGCCCCACCGCCUCCACCCGGGGCCGCCUCCCUCCCCGCCGCGCCCCGGGCCCCACCGCCUCCACCCGGGGCCGCCUCCCUCCCCGCCGCGCCCCGGGCCCCACCGCCUCUUCCAUUGCACUUUGCUCUCAGCCGUUUGCUGGGGGUCCUGAGCGCGGAGCUCCAGGCGGGCACGGCCUCCCCCAGGGGCCACCCGCUGCACGGCUACCUCAGCACGCGUGCGUGUGCCAGGGCCUCCCUCCCCGCCCCAGGCCGCAGCGAUCGGGGCGGGAAGACGGCCCGGGCGGUUUGUGUGUGCCUGCGCUUGCCCGGGCCGGGGGCCGCGGCCGCGUCAGGUGUAACACUCGCUGCCUCACGUGGAUGUUUGAGUGAAGGACUUUGCGGCGGAGAGAAUCAGGCUGCAGUACGGCCGUUCUGAAGCAGAGAUGUAUACGCAGAUAUAUAUAUAUAUAUAUAUUUCCAGAUGAAACUGAGCAGUUUUUCAAUAAAGUACUUGAAUUUUC